AUGGACAGCAGCACGGAUGGAACAGCAAACAGGAAGACGCGUGCAACCACGGAAAUGAGCGUAGACAAGGACGCGGACGCAGCCUUAGGAAUGAGCAUGGGCAAGCACGCGGACAGGACGAGAGGAAAGAUCAACGACAAUCUGACCGAGCUUGCGGUCCUCGCGCUCCAAAGCCUCAAUGACGCUUCGAGCUCGAACACUGACGCGGUCCAGAUGAGGAGUGUGGAAACUGCUAGUAACGAAAUCACUUCCCAGCCGAUCAUUGUGCCGAGUGACCGCGAAGAGGAUCAUGGUGCGAACCGCCAUGACAAUUGCAAUGAGAAUAAAGACCCCAAUUCCCACCACGAGGCCAACGACCAAACCGCAAACAAGCGCAACGGGCAAUGUUACACCAUCAUCACGGAGGGGGGACAAGAACGGUUGAUCAUUGUGCUGAGUGACAGCGAGGAAGGUGAUGGUGAGAACCGCAAUGACAAUGGCAACGAGAAUGACAACCCUGACAAUGGUGACGAGGCUGCCAGAGACACGCCUCGAGAACCUGCCGCUAUGAGCGAUGGGCGGCAAAGCGUCGCCGUUAUCGAAGGCUGCGGGAGAGUUCGCCCCGAGAGAGCUGGUAGGGCCGCGAGAGAACAGGCCCCGAUGACGGCACGCCAGCGAAUCCGGGGGUUCAAGACACUGGAGGACAAAUCCGGGAUAGACAUCAUAACACGCCGGAGGGAGAGGGAAAGACAGGAGGACGCAAUAGAUGACGAGCAGGAAAGGAGGACGAGGUCAGAAGAACAGACCAGCCUAUACCGAUACUUCCAGCGCAAUCGGCGGCCGCUAGAGGAGCAACUGGUCGAGCUGAAAGAAUUUCUGGCGCAUCGCUGCAACCCCGCGGUCACCAACAGGAGGAUCAACAGCCCAAGCGCCUUACCGGGCAACCCCACCUUUGCACAGCUUCUGAUCUACUGGGACUUUUCCGGGGGGAGGCCAAGCCUUGAGGGGGCGACCAGACUUGAAGGAGAGGGAGAAUGGGAAUGGCAACGGCGCCCCGCGCUUGACUAUAUAUAUAGGAUGGGAGGGGAGUUAGCAAGUUUAUUUGUUUGUGGGUUUCAUUUGUUGGACGCAUUUCGGAGAACAACCGAACAAAAGACCACGGCGGGAGGCUGGCAUGGUUCGCAGACAUAUAAUAUAUUGCGUUGUCAUCAAAGAGUCUUGCUCGCCGCUGUCUGCAACUAUAGACCUAUGCAGACUGCAGGUUUUGUUUGA